CAACACUUUUCUGCCUUAUCCCCUCUUGCAACCCUUUUGUCCAGUCUCUGCAAUCCGCUGCAAUAUGUGACAAGACAGUCCUCCAGCGGACCUGUCUCCGCAUUUGCUUAUGAGGCGGCGGCUCAUCAGCCGACUGCCACUGAAGGUUACCUCGCCUCUGCUUCUGCCGAGCAGGCAGCAUCUUCUCGUUUCGGUAGCUACGCCACGAAUGUCACUCGGGCAGCCGGACGUCCGCAGCUCGCCAGUUUGCGUAGUCAUUCCCUCGGCGAGCCUUUCGGAGGAGGCAGACUUGUCAUACGAGGCCAACUAGCAUCUAAGCCGGUCGCUAUGGCAUCGGACCAAACGACCGUGACAAGCAAAGCUGGUGUUACUGGGUCGGACAGACGCAGGCCAAGCGGAGGAGGCCGUGUGGACGUCGACGAAGGAGCUCGUCGACAGAUCCAACCUAGCUCUGAGAGGCCAGAUAGCCUGCGUCUACGAAGGGGCCCUACCAAAUCACUGGAGACUGAGGCGAUGUGUGAUCAAGUCGUCAUGCCUGCUCCGGAAUCCAGGAGAAGCCGGUCACUCGGUGACCAGUUGGUCGAGAUUCCUAAAUAUCUGCGUUUGGUUAUUGACCAGAAAUUCGGCGGUUGUGCUUUUCAAGGUAGGCUUGGACAGUUCCAUUCGUUAUUUGCUGCUACAAACCCUUACCAUUUCCCUUACCUUUGUGCUCAAGUCUACAAAUUCGAUAUGUCACUGACUUAA